AUGGGACCAAGAAGCAGCUCGCUCGGGCACUUCUGGAAUGGGCAAGUUUUUUUUCGCAGUCAUCCCUAUCGGUGCUCAAUUUGCUUACAGCGUGACUCCCAAAAUCACUUUCCUUCAUCAUCUACUGCCCCGUCGUCGUCGUCGGGAGCAUCGACUGAACGACCUUCCUCAGGUCGCAAAGUGCCUCGACGAAAUAAGGCGUCUAUACCGGUGCUCCUUCGUGGUGGAGCCCGCGUGCAUGUCUCUCCUCGACCGCCGACCAUUGUCCCAGAGUCAAAGAAAGGCAAGGACAAAGAAGAAGACAUUGAGCUGGACCUUGGCAGCCUCGGCCUCGUUGACAGAGAAAUCCCUCCGAAUGAAAUUGUCAAGCUUGAGAAGAUUGGGAGUGGCGGCUUUAAGGAUGUGUACAUUGGCAAGUAUAGAAAUCGCAAGGUGGCGAUAGCUGAGUUCCGGGACGCCUUGAAUGCUAUGGAUAUAAAGGAACUCAAGCUGCUCCACGAGUUCGAUCAUCCGAAUGUGGUGCACUUCUAUGGCGUAAGCAUACCAGAGGACACCCGGUCUUCUCCCGUCAUGAUUAUCAGCGAGUUGUGUCCCAAUGGAGACCUUUUCGACUAUAUUCGGAACGUGCCAGCCCCCAGCCUACGACGUGUGCUUUCCCUAAUGUUGGAUAUUGCCCGUGGCCUCGAAUAUCUUCAUCUUAGGAAUCCUUCCGUCAUCCACCGCGACUGCAAGUCAUCAAAUAUUCUCAUUACUUCUAAAAUAUCUGCGAAGAUUACGGACUUCGGUCUAGCCAAAGUUAAGCAAUCUACUCGCUCAAUGGUGAGGAGUUUGGUUGGAACAGUUAAUUGGCAAGCACCGGAACUGUGGUCACCGCACCCUAAGUACGACCAUAAAGUAGAUGUUUUCUCGUGUGCCAUGGUAUACUGGGAGAUGCUGCAAUGGCACAACCCCAAGAAGACAUACCCUUGGGAAGGCAUGAACGAGCACGCCAUCUAUGAUGUUGUUGGGACAAAAAGGCAAAGACCUUCGGUUGCCGGCCUGCGCAAACAGUGGUGCCCCGAGAUCGUUGAUCUCAUGGAGAGGAUGUGGUCGCAGGACUCCCGUGACCGUCCAUUCAUCACUCAUGUUGUCCAGGAGAUUGAAAAAAUCAUGCGGACAUGCUAG